AGAUCACUGGAUCAGCGUUUCCAUGCAGAAGCUCUUAAACGAGAAGUCCCCUUUGUACAGAAGUUACCGACUGAAGGUUCUCCAUCCCAACUGGUGUCAACAGGUCAAGUUCAUCCCCCAGCUGAACCUGGUGGCCUCCUGCUCGGCCAUUGAGAAGUCCUCUCUGGUGCUGACAAUAUUGCCAUCCAAAGCCCAUGAGAACCCCAAGUUUUCAGUGCUGAACUUAAGAAGAGGGAUUCUUUGCUUUGAUUACUGUCCAGACAAGAACUUCCUGGUGACCGGUGGCUAUGACCCCCUCAUCCGCCUGUGGAACCCCUUCUUUUCAAAAAAGCCUGUGUGGCUGAUGAAGGGGCAUCAGACCUCGGUGACACACAUCCUUGUGAACAGCCAGAAUAGCAGCAUCCUCCUCAGCAUCUCCAAGGACAAGAAUAUCCGCGUGUGGGACAUGCAGGACUACAUAUGCCUCCAGUCCUUCUGCGGGAAGCUGUUUGCCCUGGGAAACUGCCCCAUCACCAGCGCCUACUUCCACGAGAGUGACAACACCCUCAUCUGCAGCACCUAUUCAAUUGGGAUCCUAAAAGGGUACUUGGAGACCCAGGGGCCUGGGAAGGCAGGGGAGAAGACCACGACCUACAGCACCCCGCUCUGCGCCAUCCUCUACAGCAAGCUCUUGAAGCAGGUGGUGAGCGGCUGCCUGAGCGGCGUGGUAAGCGUGUGGGAGAUGGAGACGGGCAGGAGGCUGAUGGAGUUCUCCGUGAUUGGGGACCAGUACGUGGAGCUGACCGCCAUGUCCCUGGAUGAGUCGGAGCGGUGCCUGCUCACAGGUUUGCGGGACGGAACUGUGAAGAUGUGGAACUACAGCACCGGCGAGUGCCUGCUGACCUUCCCCUACCCGGACCCACUGGAGAUUAGCGGGAUUAUCCAUAUGAACAAAGUGUUCUAUGUGACCGGGUGGAGUAAGAGAAUCACUUAUUUCACGUUCCACAAGACCAAGCCGGUGCUCCUGUGCUACCACUGGCAGACUUUCCACACGGAGGAUGUCCUGAGCAUGGCCAAGUACCAGAACCAGUUCCUUGGGACCUGCUCCUACAGCGGGGACAUCCUCUUCUGGAAUGUCAACAUGUUCAAGCCCAUCCUUAAUUUCAACGCCUCUGAGAGCCCCUUGCCCUUGACGCCCAGGAGGGCGGCUCACACCUUCCCCAUCGCUAUUACGCAUUACCGCUCUGGGCUCACUGGGCUCAUGGUGCAAGAAGCGGACGACUGCCUGGCCAAGAGCCACAGGCCUAGCAAACCCUGCGUGGAGCAGAAAUGGGCCCACAAGAGCCCCGUGCAGCCCCCGGGCCCCAGCGCCAGGACCAUGGCCAACGCCAACCUGAGGCGGACCCUGACGUCAGCGCCCCCGGUGAUGAGACGCCCCAGAGACAAGGAGCCAGACCGGCCUGCGCCCCAGCAGAUCAUCUUCCUGCAGACCAGACCUCGCCUGCCAAACACGGCCGCCCUGCUGAGCAGCUGCGUGGACGGCUACAUCUACGCCUGGUCCAUCCAUGGGAAUGGAGGCCUGCUGGGGAAGUUCCCUGUGGACUUGGAAGACAACGGGGACGUGAUUGUGGGCGCCAUGACCACUGACGAAAAUGACAGGAUCCUUGUCACAGGGGAUUGUAAAGGGCACAUCAAGAUCUGGGACAUCAAGGAUUACUGCACAUCCACUGACAAGCGGUCGUGCCAACAAAGUGGAACAAAAAAGUUCCGGUUCUUAAUUCCUAAAUGGUGCCAGACCAGCCUCCCAUACCACAUCCCCUUGAAGGAAAAGGAGGUUGUGGCUGGCCAGACCAUUUCCCUGGUCCCCCCCAAGCUUCUGAUUACCUGGAAGGGCCAUUUGGAUAGUGUGGCAGACAUCCUGUACGUGGACAGCUUCCAGCUGGUUCUCAGUGCUGGCCAGGACCGGGACGUCAAGGCUUGGAGACUCACCGGUGAUGCCAUUGGGACGUUCGGCCUGAAUGUUUGGAAAAGGCUGCCGGAUGCCCAGAUGGUUGGCGAUCAUGAACUAACAGAAACCUUAAAGGAGGAAGCUGACUCCAUCGAUGCCGCCCAGAAGACCUUCUGUUCAGAGCUGCGGGAGGAGCGGGAUCUUGCAGAGGCCCUGGUGCACCAGCGGCGGGAGCAGGUGGCACUCAUGGCGCUCCUGAAUGGAAAGGCGGACGCGGAGGCCGAGGCCUGGGCCAGGCUGCAGAAGAUAAGCCUGACAUCCCCGUGGGCUGGAGAGCGCUCCCCGGAAGACAUCGAGAACAGCUGGCGCGAGUGGGAGUCCGAGGGCAAGCAGGCGAGCAGAGUCGUGGGAGCUGCGUACAAGCCCAGGGAGCGGUCACGGAGCCCCGAGCUCCUGUCCACCAAAGUACCCUACAGCUGGAUGAAGCAACAGAUCUCAGCUCAGGUCUACCAAAGCCUGCACUUCAAAGAACUGGCGCCCAUCCAGCAGCCUGACUUCAUGAUGCGCAAGGCCCUAGACCAGCAGGGCCAGCUCAUCUCCCUGGCGACCCACGACAUCCAGAAGGACCUGGAUCCCGACAGGCAGACCACGCCCAACACUACAGCCAGCAUGCCCGCUGCCGUCCCCUCCCCGCACUCUUCACUUGCCUCGUCAGCCUCAGGCUCCGGCCUCCUGGAGUCCAGCUUGCUCCCCUGCCCUCGGUUCCAGUCCUCCCUUUCCUUGCUGCGGCCCCGGUCGGCCUCCGUGGCCCAGUCCUCCCCGACAGGCCUGUGCCACGUGUCCAGGUAUGCCCCACAGAGGUCGGCGACCGCCAUGCAUCUUGCCCCCUCUCUCAAGCAGCGCUCGAGGCAGCUGAAGGCCCCCCUUCUGUCCUCCGGGCAGAAGGGCUCCCACGUCAGGUUCUGA